AUGCUCCCCAAGGAAGGCAUUCAGAUCGAGCUGCGCGGGCUCGGUCUGUCGCUACAUCCGCCAUCCUUCGCCCAACCAACAUGGCUCAGCCUUCGAUUGACCGACCUGAAGAUCACCAUCGACCCCAGCGCGCUGGGAAGACCCCGAGAGACAAAAGGAAAGCCGGAUUUGUUGGAACCGCAAAGUCCAGAGGAGUCGAAUAUCUCGGAAGACCCGGAGAAUAGCAAGGCGCCGCGGCGGAGCAAGACAUGGAGGACCCUGACUCGUUUGAAGGAGUAUGUGAAGCGACUCCAUCGCAAGAUCCACUGGUUGAAGUUAGUCGAUGUCAUCGCUGUCAAUACGACUCUCAACUUCGUCGAAGCCGGUCAGAUCCAGGUCGGAUCGUUGUCCCUGGCGGUCGACACACGGCGCAAGAUGGUGGACCGGGGGAAGCUAUUCCGGCAGAAGAAGGAUGAGUCCGACGAGCACCGCCCAGCCGAAUGGAUCAUGGCGGUGCAAAAUGUCCUGCUGUCCAUUGAUGGUCGCGAACCAACGGAGCUGCUGGAUAAUAUUGGGGUCAAUAUUCACGGGCUUCUCCAUCGAAACCUCGAGGGCUUAAGGGAUGCGUCGAUUGCGUUCAAGAUCGGGCGGAUGCACAUUCCGCUCGAUGAUUUGACCACCCUUGUGCGCCGGAUCAAAAAGUUCCGGCAGCCCUUUACUGCGGAUGCGAUGGGCGAUCUGGAUGAGGAGGUGACCUUUGCGGACUUUGUGGAGGAGCUGGACAAACCCGGAAGCCGGGACGAUGCGAUUGUACAGACGGUGGCCGACUCGAGGGAGUUUGCGAGCUCAUUGCUGCGCGGAAUUCAGGAAAUCCAGGUCGCCCUGAGCUUCUUUCGAUUGUCCCAGGCCAUCCAGCCCUCCGCGAAACAAAGUUCCGUCUACCUCAACGUGGUGUCUCAUGAGCUAGGAAUUGACCUCCAUCGGAUGGACCAGAAGAGUCCUGCCCACCGUAUGUAUUUCCAACGGAACGACAUUGCUCAUCAGGCCCUUCUUGCCGCGAUCUCCGUCUCCGUCAGUCUGGACGACAGCUCAGGGGAAUCAGACAACCUCCUCUACAUUCCCAUGGCUACUACGACGAUCAAAACCACUCUCCCUUCCAAAACAAUCAGCUCUUACGAUGAAUCCAACUUGGACGAACGAAACACCAACAUCCUGUUUGCAAACCUCGUCAUCACAUCGCCAUCCUUCGAUUUAGAACCACGACAUGUUUCCCGGCUCCUGAACUUGACCCAAGGACGUACAUCUUCCUCCCGUGGCAAGAAAAGACGCACCCAGCGCCUGAUCUCUCGAUUGCUCCCGAAAGCGAGUAUCAAACUCUCCGUUCAUGAACCAGUCGUGCGAUUCGUCCUCCCCAUAUCCGAACCUUCUACGACUGAAGAUGACUACAAUCUUCUCAUAUCUUCCAUAUCCUCCAUCUCCCUUGACAUUGAAUCUUCCCACUCAUCAGAAGGCGGUAUACAUUAUACGCUCUCCUCCAUAUAUCGAAUUUCUUCCCAUCAGCUGUACUACCAAACUCCUUCUGGAGUCAAACAUAACCUCCUUACCACAGAAAACCUGGAACUGAAGGUCUUCCUCAGCGCAUCUCCGGAAGUGCGUGUGAUGGCCUCGGGAACUUUGAAUACCUGUUCUGCGCACAUGGUGAACCGCGAUGUCAAUAGAGGCAUACAGCAGGUGUUUGAACAAUUCAGAACGCAUGUGCGUCCCAGACGCCGCACCUCGAUGACACCGGAGGAGCGAAAACCUAGUUUCCUUCGACAACUUCCUCCUUGGCUCCUGCGAUUCCAAUUCGAGGCUACCGGACUAAGCUUGGAAAUUGCCGGGGUUGACGAAACCGUGUCCGAUAUCUCACGCGGUGUCUCCUUGCAGCUGCAAUCAUGGACCGCUGACUACCGAGCUCAGAAGACCGAACCAAGCAAUAUCAGCUUUGCCCGGCGGCGCACCCCAAGUCACUCAACUAUCGGCGACGACACGCCGUUCAGGUUCCCCCCGACGUCGCCGCCACGGCAGACCCAAAGCGGCGUCGCAGACGGCCGACGACUGGCGUUCCAUGCGCGGGGAUUCGAGGGCUUUGUCAUCGAGUCGGAAGAUUUUCUGGAGGCUGAGCCUUUCUUCUCACUGCCUAGAUUUGAGAUAGCACUGAGCACUCUCAGUGACCGUGUUGGGCCAGUGUUCAAUGUGAACUCGGUGUUCAAGGGCAUAUACUUUCAAUAUUCUCUCUACCGUUACUAUUGCCUCGGGGUGGCUACGUCUGUGAUCCAAGAUGCUUUUGUGCGUCACUCCCCGGAAGUCUCGAGCCCUGUGUCCCCUCAGUGGAGCUCAAUGGACUUCACUCCUUCCUCACCUCAACGCAUGGUACCGCCACAAAGGGGAGAGCUUGUGACUGUCGACGUGAGAGCGACCGUUGUCCAAAUUAAGACCUCGCUCCCAGCCGACCCCCCAAUGCUGUUCCAGCUUUAUGGUCUCCACGCAGGCUCUCAUCGUCUCAUGGCUCCUUUCGUCAAAGCCCAACUGGUCCGCCUGCAUGCUGAAGCACCUAAACUGAAAGGGGUAUGGGCAAGAAUUGUCAGCAUGAACAACGUCCGCGCAGAUUUACGUACCAUGAGGUAUAAACAUGGCGCCGACCUUACAGAGGAGAAGUCCAUCGAUGUAUGGGCGGACUUCAUUCGAGUGGGAGUUCCCCAUCACAUGGUGAUGCAUCGGAUUUUCGACAAUAUCAUCAAUACAUCGAAGGCCCUCAAGCAGCUGCACCAUCGCUUCAAGACUCGCUCUCCCCACUUCGUCUCUGUUAGGGAGCCAGAGGAACCAAAGGUGGUUCCCAGGGUUUCUGUUCGCAGCAAAGCUCUUCUUUUUGAGCUAGAGGAUGAUGCAUUUGAAUGGAAGCUGGGUUGUAUCUAUCGCACUGGUCUCCUGGAACAGCGCCAACGGCUGGCCCGCGAAGAAGCGUUCAAUUUAAAGCUGCAGAAAAUCGAGACCGGGCAGCGCCGUGCCUCAUCCCGCCUCCGCGCAAGGUCCAGCCAUCGAACUCUUCGGAGCGAGCGCGUCAGCCAAGACACGCGAAGGAGUAAAAGUGCAGAUGCGAAGCCACGCAAUGAGACGCAGGACGGCAAGCGUGGGCGUGGACGCAAGUUCCGCUAUGACACCGAGGGCGCCGCGUGUAUCUCGUCGGAGUGCAGAGUCUCGGCAGAAAAUGCUUGGUACCGACUUCAGGAACACCAUGCACGAAGCUGGAAGAGUAAAAUAGAUGCAGCCAUGAAGUUCCAGGGCACUUCAAUCAAAGAAGUCAGAAACCUCUUUGCUGGUGCCGACGAACCUCCACAGGAUGUGGAGGAAACGGAGACCGUCCUCUCUAUUCCGAACCGCCCUGCGCUGAUGGCGGCCCUCAUCAGCGACAUAAAUCUUGUCAUAGACAAGCCGUCUUUCCCUCAAGAAGAUUAUCCUACUUUCCUGCACCGAAUCGGAAAAGGGAUGCCGAUGUCGAUGCAGUACGCACUACUCAUUCCGAUGAGCUUCCGGCUAGACAUGGGCGAGGCCCGUGUAAACUUGAGGGAUUAUCCCCUAGACUUGCUGCACAUCCCGGCUUUGCGCCCUGGCCAAUCCCCCAGAUUACCUAGCUGGUCUCUACGGACGAAUUUCGUCAUUGCUGAGGAGUAUCGUGAUUACAAGUCAGCCCGGCAGGUCGAGGUGGAGCUUGUUCCGCCGACGGAGCUUCCGGAUGGGACUAAAAGCUCGCCCUUUGCGAUCAGCGUCUGGCGAUCCGUCACGCCUGUUAAGACAUACUCUGAUCCUACAAUCGAAAUCAAUACCAGUCUUCCGACAAGUAUCUCCUGGGGCAUGUCCUAUCAACCCGUGAUCCAGGACAUGAUGAAGAUCAUAGAAGGAUUCACAAAGCCUGAGAUUGACCCGUCUGAGAGAGUUGGCUUCUGGGACAAGAUCCGCCUCAGUUUCCACUCGCGGAUCCGUGUCAUCUGGAAGGAAGAUGGCGAUGUUCAUCUCCGCUUGAAGGGUUCUCGUGAUCCUUACGUGGUGACUGGAUUCGGUGCCGGAUUCGUUAUGUGUUGGCGCAGGGACGUGAAAUGGGAUAUCCAUACCAGCGAUGAUCCGAUGGAGUUUAUGAGCGUCACCAGUGGCGAGUAUGUGUUGGCCAUUCCAGAUUACAGCCACGAAGCUCGCUAUAUGGCGGAAGCCACCGCUCAGGAUCUGGAAAGCACGUCAUCGUCGAGUGAACUCAAGAACGCGGCUCACUUCAAGAAGGUGAUCAUGAAACUAUCCGGCGAUGUGAAAUGGGCUGCCGGGCUUGUUUUUGAGCGGAAUGUUGACGAGGACAACCGCUCCUUUGAGUUCAAGCCGCACUAUGAAGUUAUUCUUCAGAACCCGAUUCAUGUGGACCCUUCACAAAGGGAAGAUUACGAUGCUUUCCGUGGAUUCCGGAGCAAUCACAUCCAUUUGUCGGUGGCUGUUGUCGCUCCUGAGAGCCGAGACUGGUCCGUUGACCAUGUGCAACCGUCAACGAGUUACAACUCUGUCCAUCUCACACCUCGCUUUUUCACUCACUUCUUUAGUUGGUGGUCGCUGUUUUCAGGUGUCAUGUCUCUCCCUGUCCGCCAGGGACCACUUUGGCCAGGCAUUACCAAGACGAGCAAGAAGUUCAACCGUCAUCUUGCUACAGUUAAGUAUAAACUGCUUCUGGCGCCUCUCUUUGUGGCGCAUAUAUACAAGCAUAAAGACCGUGAGGACUAUGCUGAAGACGUUGUCACUGCGACAGGAUUGAAAGUUCGUCUAGACAGCCUGAAGCUCGACGUUCACCAAAGGCGUGAGCAAAUCAAGACAUUAGCCAAAGGACACCUCAAGCAAACAAAGGCUAGUGCGAUGCGGAUAAAUCAAGCAGAGUUGGAUCUGCAGGCCGCAGAUUUCAGGGCCGUAUCUGCUAGUAUUGAGGGAACGAACCUAGAUGACAUAGAGAACAACCAGGACGAUAUCAUAUCGUCCUUCCAGCAGCCUGUUCCUUCCGUCGAUUUGUCCCGGUUUACAAUACCAGACCAGAAUCUUGACUGGAUUGACAUGGACGACUUUGUGGAGUUGGACUGGAUUCUGCCUCAGGAGUCGAACCCUCGCACCCAAAUCUUGCCGCUUGCCUUCACCCCGCGCUUCACAUACUUCCGUCAGACAGACCAUGGAGAUAUCGACCCUGAAGAGACCGGGUAUAGCACGUUUGGGAACGAGCCUACCCACGAUUGUGUCAUGUCCGAAAACAAUGAACCUCGUCGCGUGCAAAUGGAGCUGAUUAGGGAUCGUCUUGCAACUGUUGAGACACAGAUACGGGACUGUGACCGUGCAAUUGGCGAGCAGGAGCUCCGCAUAGCGAAGGACGUCGAGGGGGAUCCGCGGCUUCGCCAAGAACAUGCCGACUAUGUUCGACAGGCGGCAUCUCUCGCCCGAAGACGGGCCUUUCUCACUGCAGGACUUCAACGGCUUGAACGGCAGCUGGCUCGAGAGGAGAAACUACCUGUCAACAAGAAUCCGGAGAAUUUCGCGACUGAUAGUGCUUCUCGAGUGGGAACGGAUGCCGAGUCAGCCAACGAGAAUAAGGAUACUGAUCUGGACGGCCUUUACUCUUCGCCUCAUGAUGAGUUCGCGAGUGACUUCAACAAUCGCUUCAUGAUCCACAAUAUCCAGUUGAAGUGGAACAAUCCCCUUCGGAACAUCAUACUUCGCUACAGUCAUCAAGUCAGCCAGAGACGUGGAUUUGUCUACUACAUGUCUCGGAGGGCGGUCAAGUUCAUCCUCGAUAUUGUUGAUGAGCAAAGCCGAACCAAGCGGAGGCAAUCGAAGCUUUUUAAAACUGCUUCCCGACGCCCUUCCGACGCUCGUGGCCUUGUCGACAGCGAGGAUGAUGACAGCGUGGAGGAUCGAAUUGAGCAGUUGUUGAACGAUGCUAAGCGCUUUGUGAAUGCUGAGGAACAGGAGCAUUCAGACCAGAAGGAUGAAGCCAACACCAAGUCUGAUGGUUCUAGCGAGAACAUUGCGCCCGAGUUCACGCCACAAAACAGUUACAAUCUGCGACUCAUCGCGCCUCAAAUCCAGUUACAGAGCGAGAAGAACCAGAAGUCUGUCUUACUGAUAGCCGCCAAAGGCAUGCAGCUCAAGGUGGUGUCGAUUAUGGACAAGGAGCGUGUGUCAGAUGACGUUAGUGGUCUAGUUCAGCGGCGAUUCACUCUCGACAUGGACGGUGCUCAAUUCUUCGUGGCCACGCACAAGAACCUGAUGAACCAUCUGCAGUUUUAUGCUGGCAACAAAUACGGCAAUUCUCCUGGUUCGGCUUGGCCGCCUUGGCUAACGCUCGAGGCGAUGUUUGACUUCGAACUCAACCCGUUUGGCUUCUCAAGGAUUAUUCAGAAGACUUCGGCCAGCUUACGGUAUGACAAGUACAAUAACCUGCGCUUGAAGUACAAUGAAGAAGUCGGCAAGGGUCGUCAGGACCCAUACGGCCAAGAGGCCAGGAUGGACCAUAUCAGUGUCGACUUCCCGCACUUCCGCGCUAUCUGUGACUCGGCUGAGUAUUACUCCCUGUACAUCAUCGUGCUCGACCUGUUGCUAUACAGUGAGCCUUUGGAGAAGGUCCGCAAUGAGCGUCUUGAACGGAUAAUGCUCAGCUCUGACUUCAGCGAUCUUCGGGGCGCACCGGAAAUGGUCUUCAAAUUGCAGUCCCGCAUCCGACAGCUGGAAGAGAUCAAAGAACAUUUCCAGGUCCAUGCAAAAUACCUAGAUAAAAAAGGCUGGGAAGAUCGUUUGGUUCUCGAGAAGGAUCUUACUCAGUGCGAAGAUGAGCUAUUCUUCUUGAUGAAAGCAAUCACGUCAUCUCAACGAAAGAUCGAACCGACAGUGUCAGGGGCAACUGGUGUCUUGCGCUGGAACAUCUCUGCCAGCGAGGUCGUCUGGCAUCUUAUGAAGAAGGAAUCAGAACCGCUGGUUGAGUUCCAGCUACGGAAUGCGGAGUAUGACCGAACGGACAAUAGUGAUGGGUCGAAUCACAACCAAGUCGCGGUAGAGCGACUUUACGGACUGAACCUGCUACCUGAUGCUAUUUACCCUCAGAUCAUCGUGCCGUACCUUGAUCAGACAAAGCAGCCAGACGGACCGGAUGAUUAUAUGAUCAAGGUUAGGUGGCACAUGCUCGAAGCUGUUGCGGGCAUCCCUGUUGUGGAUGAUUUUGACGUCUCUCUCUUCCCUCUCAAGAUCCAACUGGAGCGGGAACUCGGCCAGCGUCUCUUUGAGUACAUAUUCCCCAACGUCGGAUCGAGUGCAUUCGAGAGCGGUGGUUUCUCCCCGUUCAUGAUCAAGAAUAUGGAGCCCUUGGACGAUUCUGAUUCGGAUGGUGAAACAAGUCCAGCUUCGUAUCCAGGCGUCAAUGAAGUCAGCGACGCUCCAAACGACGACCUGCAGCUACCAUCCGGACCAGGUGCUAUUGAGCUCCGAUUGCAACCAACGCUUUCUUUAUCCGAAGAGAACAAGCCUCGCCCUCAUCGCUCAGGAUAUCAUCUCAAAGGUCUCGCCAUGACACCUAUCCACAGGGAUAGCAAUCGGUCGCCGCAGGGCGAAGGAACUCGCCAUUCACAACGUCCAGGCACUGCGUUGACCAAGAAGAGAUCCGUCGAUAGCAUGCGAAUUCUCUCGCGACAGCCCACAGAGAGGUCGCUCGCAAAUGGAUCGACCACGACCGUUGGUGAAGAGAAGGGCAAGAAGUUUGGUCUGGUCAAGAAGAAGAAUAAAGAGACCACAGACGAUCUCUCCCAGAUGAUGUCCCGCGCAUCCAACUACAUGACACUGGCUCAUGUCAGGGUGAAUGAUGUGGUCCUUUGUUUGAGUUACAAAGGCAAAGGUGACCACAACCUGGAGGAUCUUCAUGACUUUGUCUUCCGACUGCCUGUUCUAGAGUACCGCAACAAGACAUGGUCAAAUCUGGACCUGGCGCUACGGCUGAAAAAGGACGUGAUCAAGGCUCUCAUUUCGCACGCUCCAGCAAUCCUCGGGAACAAAUUCUCUCAUCACCGGCCUACGAAACAGCAGCAGAAGCACUACCGCGAGCUUGCGUCCUCUUCUCAGAUCUUGCACAACCCCGACAGCACAGCGAGCUUACAUUCUGAGAAAGCGCAAAGUUUGGCAAGCCAAGACUCCAACAGCGAGUACUCCGAGUCCCGAUCACAACGAUCAGUCCAAUCGGGCACAUCGCCUCUCGCACGGUCAAACUCUUUAGGGUCUAGCGUGCUCAGUGUGCAAGACGCAGCUGGGCCAUCGUCUGAUGCUCACUCGACGAGCGAGGUGGAUGUGGAUGCCCGUUGGGAGCAAUCGCGCCGACUCGUCAAUCCCCCUCCCCGGCCUAUGACUUCUGGUCAGAUACUCUCCCGUUCCCAGACUGCCAAGCGCUGGGACGAGCCAGGGGAAAGCCACAAAUCGACAAUUCGAAAUUUCGGCCGGAAGCUAAUGCCCUCUCGGAAAUAA